AUGAAUAGUACCGAUGCUGUAGGUAAGGACGAACUACUCCGCUUAGUCGGACUGCAAUGCACCACUUUGCAUCACACCAUCUCCAGAGGGCAAGCUUACCUUGCUCAUGCACACCACCAUCUCGAGAGACCGCUGUCAGUUGCCGCAAACGGGUUAAAUAGCAUGGAUGUGGAUAAUGCUUAUGCGCUUGUGGAUAAGAAUCUCUCAAGGAUGAGUUCCUGCUGUCCUUUGGACGUGUCACGCACAGCUUCUGUCUACCUAGUACCAGCCACAGGGCUGCCCUCGCCGUCGCGGCCCAAAAAGGAGCGGAAGGAGGAGGACUUCACCCCGACUCUGGCUGCAUUCCCAUCCUCUCCGAUUGCCGACCAUCGUCCGUCCGGCUUCUCCCUCGUUGCUGCUCCUGCUGCGGCUGCUUCUGAGAAGCUCGUUCUGCCGCCCCCAAUGACAGAGCGAGUCUCCUCACCGUCCGCUCAGGAGUCGACAACCCACGCUGGUCCGAUGACCACCCAACCCCCGACCACCACGACUCUAACACUGCCACCCCCUCCGUCGGAUGAUGGACCCUCGACCGCCCCGACUUCGUCGCCCUCCGACUCUUCUCCAGGGCAGAACUUGGCAGCGCCCCCAAGGCCCAAGAAAAAGCGUUCGCUUCUCCUCGUCCCGACUCGGACAUCGUCAAGGGGCAGCAAGCAUCCCUCAUCCGAUGUGACAAGCGAGACCGUGCAGGAUGAAUCUGGGAACACAAGGUCAAAUUUGCGAACGAGCUUGGCCAAAAGGCGAAGAGAUGCAAGCAAAGCGAGCAGUAGGAGGUCUCAGCGAAAUCAACCCGAGCCGUUGUCACGCGCAGAGCAGCCCAAGAUCAGCAGUCCCGAAGACGACGACUACUCCAGGUCUGAGAAGAAAGGCAAAGCGCCGUCGAGGUUUUUGGCCAUCUUGAAUUGCUGCAGUCCGUCAGACGCCGACAAUGAGGGUCCAGAGCUCCCUGCCAAGAGGACGGAGAACAGACAACCGAUCCAGGCUCGAUCCCCAUCCACGAUUGAGAAGGCGGAUGGCAGCGCGGCGGAGUCGAGUACGGCGGAUUCAAAGGAGCAUUAUGCGUUCGGGGAUGAAAAGCCUAAACUCACCGUCGACUCGGAUGCCACCAAGCCGCAGACUGAAGAUGAGCCAAGCGUGACAGCGGGAGGACAAGGUGCUGCGUCACGGUUGCCAGAGCAGGUCGCCGAGCCAGCUGUUGGUGGUCCUAGUUCUGUGCAGGAUCAGCAAGCAGACGUCUCAAACAAGGCUCUUGCAGCAGGCCCAGAAGCGGAGAAGAAAGAUGUCGACGUGGGCACAGUGGAGGAGGAUGUCAGUGCUUCGGAUCAGACCAAGUCAUCCCAGGUUCCGAGAGACAAUCACGAUGUCCCCAUGACAGAUGCCCCGGCUCUUCAGGAUGGUGAAGAAGAGCAACCAAAGCCUGCUUCUCAAGAGGAUACUGCUACGCAACAACCUGCUGACCUCCCUCCUCCGGGUCCGCCCGCUCCGGCAGGCAAGGAAGGUCGGCAAUGGCUACUACCUCCCCCUUUGCCACAUCUUAAGGACCGCAAAUGUCUGGUUCUCGACUUGGAUGAGACGCUCGUCCACAGCAGUUUCAAGGUAUACAUUCUGGACUCUGUUGACACAUGCAGCUUGCUAAGCAUUCCGACGUUACAGGUCCUCGAAAGAGCGGAUUUCACCAUUCCCGUGGAGAUUGAGGGACAAUGGCAUAAUAUCUAUGUGAUCAAGCGACCGGGCGUCGACCAGUUCAUGAAACGUGUUGGUGAGUUAUAUGAAGUGGUCGUGUUUACAGCGUCGGUUUCCAAGUAUGGUGAUCCACUGCUAGAUCAGUUGGACAUCCAUAAUGUCGUCCACCACCGUUUAUUCAGAGACAGCUGUUACAAUCACCAGGGAAACUAUGUCAAGGUCAGUACUUUGAUGCAUCUGAGCGAUGGUGACCUCCUAACAGAAAAUUUACAGGACCUCUCCCAAGUUGGUCGUGACCUGAAAGAAACGAUCAUCAUUGAUAAUUCACCGACAUCCUAUAUAUUCCACCCUCAACAUGCGAUACCCAUCAGCAGUUGGUUUUCCGAUGCUCAUGACAACGAGCUGCUCGAUCUCAUUCCAGUUCUCGAAGACCUUGCCGGCUCACAAGUCCAAGAUGUGAGCUUGGUCCUGGACGUUGCAUUAUAA